CAACGGAAUAGAUCAAUCUGGAAUCUGGCCUGGGUGGCGCUAGUGUACGCAACAGACGUUUCACUGCCAGAGUGGCCCAUGACAUUCGUCGCUAUAACGCUGUCUCCGCGCUUUGAUUGGUGCUGAACCGAACCUGGUAACACACACACACGCACAUAUUCCGCAUCUCCUGGGCAGAAGCAGCGCUCUCAUCGUUCCUCUGCGGCGAGCGGUACAGCGGACCUCACAAAUGUGUUGUACAAGUUGUGCGGGCGCGCCUGUAUAAGUGUGUUGUGUACAUGUUUGUGUGUCUCUUUUCCGUAAAACGCCAAACGGUCUGUGACGAACGCGCUGGCAGCUAUUUUGCGUGAACAUUUCCGAAAGCCGCACCGAACCGUAGUGUGUGCUGCCAACUAGCGCGUUCCCUUGGGCACUUUCGGACGUACAGUGUGAAAAGCGCGUUACACACUGCGACAAGGAAUCGAAACGAGAAACCGACGGCAGCCAGCGUGCGUGUUUGUGUGUUGUGAGUGUGUGUGUGUGUGUGUGGGCAUAGAAAACUUGUCCACUGAAAGAUUAUUGCGUCCCCAGCGAAAAGUGUUGACUAAUCGCGUGCGUCUGUGUGUGUGUUUUUUGGUGUCUCCCGGGAACAAACGGGACUCGAUAGGGCUAAAAUAUCCCAAAUCCCGCUGCUGUGCCAGUAUUCGUUCCAUCGGGUGAAACCCACCGGGAAACGAGAAGAACCUCCCCCCCCCCACCCUAUCACCGUAACUCCGUCAAAAGGACGACACGUACACACGCACACACGCGUACACUCCGUGAGCAGGAAGUAGAAGAAAGAAAGAGAAAGCGUGUGUGCGCGCUGCGACUGAGCGAGAGCGUGUGCCCGUGUGUGUGUGUGUGCGCGGCGAAAGAACGUCAAACGCGGUGGGAAGGAAGCAGAAAAAAUCGAACACUUACUUGCGUGCGUGCGAGCGCGUCUCUGUGGUGUGUAGAGUGUGUGGCCUUUCUGCAAACCUGGUUCAAAUAUGGCGAAGCCUGCCCAGUUAUUAACUAUUGAACCGGCGAACGAGCUCAAAUUCCAGGGCCCGUUCCGGACUGCUGUUGCGUCGUACAUGCGGCUCACCAAUCCGACCGACCAUGAUAUCUAUUUCAAAAUCAAAACAACCGCACCGAAGAAGUACUGCGUGCGGCCCAACUGUGGCUUACUGGAACCCCGCGAAUCACAGGAGAUAGCCAUCGUCCUACAGCCGUUCAUCUUCGAUUCGAACGAGAAGAACAAGCACAAGUUCAUGGUGCAGUCGAUGGUGAAGCCGGACGAUGAGGACAUCAACCUGGAGGACCUCUGGAAGAAGUACCCGGAGAAGCUGAUGGACUCGAAGCUGCGGUGCGUGUUCGAAUGCCCGCUGGACAGCAACCAGCCGGCCCAGGCGACGGACGGAUCGAAUGCUGCUGCUGCCGCCCCGCCCAACAGUAAACAACCGAACGCUGCGGCAGGCAACGAAGGCAAUGCACAGUUCUCAAACGCACAGUUUAACGCGAUGAGCAACGACGACGAGCUGCAGUCGGAGGCGGCCCUGCUGAAGGAGAUCAAGAAGCUGCGGGACAACGAAAGCGUUUUGCGCCAGGAAAAUUUGCAGCUACGGGAACAAAUUGUACAGCUCCACAUGGAAGCGGAAGGGCGAGCCAAAGAGCAGUCGUCGUCGGCCGGCGCUGGCGCUACUGCCGCCGCCAAAUCGGUCCCGGUCCAGUCGGUGCCCGUGCACUAUCAGAAUCCGUACUCGCCACCGCCGCCCCAGCUCGGCCGCAUUCCGUCGAUGGACACCCUGUACGCGCUGGCCUUUGCCAUCUUCAUGUGCUUCGCCGGCGUGCUGAUCGGCAAGAGCAUGUUCAGCGAGAGCAGCAAAUAAAGUUUAAUUUAGCGAAGGGGAUGUGGGUGGGUACUGCGGGCUCCCGGGUAACGACGAGCGAGAUGUAAUGGCCCCGCGGUGUUCCGGGUGGGUGAGUGGGUGGGUGGUGGUGGUGAUGCGGUUUUGGAGGUAGAAAGUGGAAAGUGGAAGCAUGGAGUCGACAGCAGCAGCGACACAUGAGCAGCGGACGCGCAAACACGCGUAGCAAAGGGAGGGGGAAGAGCAGGAGCAGGAGCCACCGGAGCGUUGUCAGCGAGGCGCCAAGCGCGCACUUUGAGAAAGCCCACGUCUCAACAGUGUUUAAUCCUGUCGCGAGCGGCCGCGCGCACCUGCUCCGAGUGGUUGCAAUUGGGUUCGAUUUUCGAUUUUCAAAACUGUAAAACACGCGGCAAACAAACCAAGAGAAGAGGUAAUACAAAACAAAACAAAACAAAACAAAAAACAACCUGUGUACAGCAAACGCUCGCGCGCGCCAUUUGUGUAGUAGAGUAACUGUGCAGCGCAUAACCAAGCGUGAGAAUGAGAGCAGCAAAACAACUACGCGCGACACAACAAAAAGACACACACACACACACAACAUACUGCAGCCACAGAGAAACCCACGCAUCCUACACGUACAUGCAUUAACAUAAACACAAACGCAACGGAUCACGGUUUGUGGGAGGAGUGCGCAAUCAUACUGUAAUGGUGUCAGGGAAGGAGGAGGGGAAUUUAAAAUGGGUACGCGGCCACCGCUACCCGUUUCCUUUUUGUUGUUUAUUUGUUUUCCAUAUAAGAACGUAACACGAUUAUUAAAAAAAAAAGAAGGGGGGAUAUGGGAAGCGUUAAAGAGCCGUUGAGGAUGGGGAAGAGCGUCGUCGUCGUGUCACUGAACAAUCUUGGAAAGGAGGCACCGGUAGGGAAACAGGAAGGAUGGAUACACUGGAUCAGGGCUCGGUGAUAGUUUUGUGUGUUCCGCGAACAGCAGAGAAAGGUGGAGGAAGCAGAAUCGGUGGGGGAAAAAUACGGGCAAAUUCGAAUGCGAUGCGAAAGAGCUGGCAGGAAGCAAGCAGCAAGCAUGUGAGGUACACUACGCGCGAAAACUACGACGCCACAAAAACACACACUCUCUCUCUCCUUUAGCAUCAAAGUCGCGAAAUUGGCAAGAUCCAUUUGAGCUAGGAAAGUAAAAAAAAAGUUAUGCACCCAUAGCAGAAGAAAACGAAACAAAAACAACACAUACACACAAACAAAGACACGCAGAUACACAGAACAAACGCAAACAGAGACUCUACACUCAUAUAUUUCGUCUUGGGAAGGAAAUUUGGAAUUUGGUAGCAAAAAAAAAAAGAAAGAAAAACAUGAUACACAAACACACACACACACCAGCUUAAAUGCAGCUUAUUAUAAUAUAACAUGCCUAAACAUUAACUUAAAAGAAAGAACUAAUCCGAAACAGAAGAUUGUGCAGAGCAGAAAAUGGCAACACAACAAAAACACACGGCAAAUAAUAAGAAGAUCAGCAACUGUCCUGACAAAAAAAAACACUUGGGAGCAGAAGAAGAAGCAGAACAAACAAACAAAAAAAAGAAGUAUAUGAAAAUAGCAGGUAGCAGCAGGGAAAGCAAGUAGAGACUCGAGAGUAGGAGAGAAAAUAGGGCAGCAGGUGAAAGGUGAAAAGGAGAAAACCCCUUGCACGAUUAAUAGCGAAAGCGAACGCGCGGGGUAAGCGAAUUAUUAAACGCAAGAUUGGUGGUAAUGGAUAAUGAUGGGAAUGGAGGGCUGGCGAGGCCGGAUGAUGAUCGAUGAUGAUGAUGAUAUAAACGCAAAUAAACGUAGGUGUUGAAGCAUCCUAGAAAUGCAUAACCAAAUUGGGCAAAA